GUUUUACUGUUUAUGAAAAUAGUGGUGACUUUUAAAUCAUUUAUUUGAAGCAUUGAUUGAAAUUUGUUUAAUUGAUUGCUUAUAAUUGUCUCAAACAAUGGCUCAAGUAUUCAAAUGCGGAUCAAUUGCUAACAUUAUAAACGCCAAUAAGAGUGAAGACAAGACUCUUAAGGCAUCGAAGGAUAAGAAGAAAAAGAAGUCAAUGAAAAAAUUCAAUGAAAUAAUUGAAGAAAAUAACAAUAAAUUGAUUGAAAUCAACAAAAUUGAAGCAAAAGAUGAAGAAUCGGUCGAAUCUGAGGACGAAUUUGAGACCAAAAGUGGAGAAACAAAGAAACAAAAGGUUUUGAGAGAAAGGGAUGAAAGAAAUGAAGAGAAGAACGAGAGGACAGUAUUUGUGGGAAAUUUGCCCCAAAAUAUCACAAUUAAAUAUUUGAAGAAAUUGUUCAAAAGUUGUGGCGAAAUACAGAGCAUUCGUCUUCGAGGAGCGGUUCCUGAAGAACAGAAAAUGUCUAAAAAAGUUGCGGUCAUUACCAAAAGUUUCAACUCAUCAAAGGAUAACAUUAACGCAUAUGUUGUCUACAAAUCAACGGACGAUAUGUUGAAAGCCAUUAAAUUGAAUGGCACUGAAAUAGACGGACAUCACAUCCGAGUGGACAAAGCUGUGAAAGAUGUGUCUCACGACAGUUCGCGGUCUAUAUUUGUGGGAAAUCUUCCGUUUAUUGUCAAAGAAGAGGAAUUGUAUCAACUUUUUGGAGAGUUUGGAGAUAUAGAAGCGGUUCGAGUGAUAAGGGAUUCCAAGACUGGAGUCGGAAAAGGUUUUGGUUUUAUAUCAUUUAAAUCAAAAGAUAGCGUUAUUUUGGCGCUCGAGAAGAAUGAGUUCAAAUUGAAUGGAAGAGAGCUUCGAGUCAUUAGAGCUAAGAAUGAAUCGUCGAAUAAAAAUAAACCGAAGAAAGAAAGACUUAAACGUAAGUCAAAUGAAGACAAUUCAGAAGAAACGGUUCCGCAAAAGGAAAGACAAUUCAAGAAGAAUAAGAAAUUGAAUUCGAAACCAGAAUUUGAAGGAAUUGUCGCUAAAAAAGCGAAACAAAAGAUAAAGAAGAAGAAAGAAAUGAAAUCAAUUGAUAUCAAAAGGAAACAAAAGAAAUUGUCGCAAAUUUUUUCCAAAUAG